AUGGCCGACCAGAGCAGGCAAAUAAAACUCGCUGCAGCUAAGAAAAAGCUGAAGGAGUUUCAGCAGAAAGGCUCACCGGGCAGCGCUGGGGGAGAGAAGGCUGUUUCAGGAGCAAAGAAGAAGAGAAAAGUCAAAUCUAAUCAACUUGAUCAGUCCGACGACAGGAGUUCCCCUGAAAAUGUGAACGUAAGUAUCAUUUAUGCCAUAUACAUAAAGCAUUCUCAAGUCCCUUCCCCAAGUCUCUUCCCCAAGUUCCUUUCCCAAGUCCCUUUCCCAAGUCCCUUCCCCAAGUCCCUUCCCCAAGCCCCUUCCCCAAGUCCCUUCCCCAAGUCCCUUCCCCAAGUCCCUUCCCCAAGUCCCUUCCCCAAGGCCCUUCCCCAAGUCCCUUCCGCAAGUCCCUUCCCCAAGUCCCUUCCGCAAGUCCCUUCCGCAAGUCCCUUCCGCAAGUCCCUUCCGCAAGUCCCUUCCGCAAGUCCCUUCCGCAAGUCCCUUCCGCAAGUCCCUUCCGCAAGUCCUUUCCGCAAGUCCCUUCCGCAAGUCCCUUCCGCAAGUCCCUUCCGCAAGUCCCUUCCGCAAGUCCCUUCCGCAAGUCCCUUCCGCAAGUCCCUUCCGCAAGUCCCUUCCGCAAGUCCCUUCCGCAAGUCCCUUCCGCAAGUCCCUUCCGCAAGUCCCUUCCGCAAGUCCCUUCCGCAAGUCCCUUCCGCAAGUCCCUUCCGCAAGUCCCUUUCCGCAAGUCCCUUCCGCAAGUCCCUUCCGCAAGUCCCUUCCGCAAGUCCCUUCCGCAAGUCCCUUCCGCAAGUCCCUUCCGCAAGUCCCUUCCGCAAGUCCCUUCCGCAAGUCCCUUCCGCAAGUCCUUCCCUCCCUUCCCAAGUCCCUUCCGCAAGUCCCUUCCCCAAGUCCCUUCCCCAAGUCCCUUCCCCAAGUCCCUUCCCCAAGUCCCUUCCCCAAGUCCCUUCCCCAAGUCCUCCCAAGUCCUUCCCCAAGUCCCUUCCCCAAGUCCCUUCCCAAGUCCUUCCCCAAGUCCCUUCCCCAAGUCCCUUCCCCAAGUCCCUUCCCCAAGUCCCUUCCCCAAGUCCUCCCAAGUCCCUUCCCCAAGUCCCUUCCCCAAGUCCCUUCCCCAAGUCCCUUCCCCAAGUCCCUUCCCCAAGUCCUUCCCCCUUCCCCAAGUCCCUUCCCCAAGUCCCUUCCCCAAGUCCCUCCCAAGCCCCCCAAGUCCCUUCCCCAAGUCCCUUCCCCAAGUCCCUUCCCCAAGUCCCUUCCCCAAGUCCCUUCCCCAAGUCCCUUCCCCAAGUCCCUUCCCCAAGUCCCUUCCCCAAGUCCCUUCCCCAAGUCCCUUCCCCAAGUCCCUUCCCCAAGUCCCUUCCCCAAGUCCCUUCCCCAAGUCCCUUCCCCAAGUCCCUUCCCCAAGUCCCUUCCCCAAGUCCCUUCCCCAAGUCCCUUCCCCAAGUCCCUUCCCCAAGUCCCUUCCCCAAGUCCCUUCCCCAAGUCCCUUCCCCAAGUCCCUUCCCCAAGUCCCUUCCCCAAGUCCCUUCCCCAAGUCCCUUCCCCAAGUCCCUUCCCCAAGUCCCUUCCCCAAGUCCCUUCCCCAAGUCCCUUCCCCAAGUCCCUUCCCCAAGUCCCUUCCCCAAGUCCCUUCCCCAAGUCCCUUCCCCAAGUCCCUUCCCCAAGUCCCUUCCCCAAGUCCCUUCCCCAAGUCCCUUCCCCAAGUCCCUUCCCCAAGUCCCUUCCCCAAGUCCCUUCCCCAAGUCCCUUCCCAAGUCCCUUCCCCAAGUCCCUUCCCAAGCCCUUCCCCAAGCCCCUUCCCCAAGCCCCUUCCCCAAGCCCCUCCCCAAGCCCCUCCCCAAGCCCCUCCCCAAGCCCCUUCCCCAAGCCCCUUCCCCAAGCCCCUUCCCCAAGCCCCUUCCCCAAGCCCCUUCCCCAAGCCCCUUCCCCAAGCCCCUUCCCCAAGCCCCUUCCCCAAGCCCCUUCCCCAAGCCCUUCCCCAAGUCCCUUCCCCAAGUCCCUUCCCCAAGUCCCUUCCCCAAGUCCCUUCCCCAAGUCCCUUCCCCAAGUCCCUUCCCCAAGUCCCUUCCCCAAGUCCCUUCCCCAAGUCCCUUCCCCAAGUCCCUUCCCCAAGUCCCUUCCCCAAGUCCCUUCCCCAAGUCCCUUCCCCAAGUCCCUUCCCCAAGUCCCCUUCCCCAAGCCCCUUCCCCAAGCCCCUUCCCCAAGCCCCUUCCCCAAGCCCCUUCCCCAAGCCCCUUCCCCAAGUCCCUUCCCCAAGUCCCUUCCCCAAGUCCCUUCCCCAAGUCCCUUCCCCAAGCCCCUUCCCCAAGCCCCUUCCCCAAGCCCUUCCCCAAGCCCCUUCCCCAAGCCCCUUCCCCAAGCCCCUUCCCCAAGCCCCUUCCCCAAGCCCCUUCCCCAAGCCCCUUCCCCAAGCCCCUUCCCCAAGCCCCUUCCCCAAGCCCCUUCCCCAAGCCCCUUCCCCAAGCCCCUUCCGCAAGUCCCUUCCGCAAGCCCCUUCCGCAAGUCCCUUCCGCAAGUCCCUUCCCCAAGUCCCUUCCCCAAGUCCCUUCCCCAAGCCCCUUCCCCAAGCCCCUUCCCCAAGCCCCUUCCCCAAGCCCCUUCCCCAAGCCCCUUCCCCAAGUCCCUUCCCCAAGCCCCUUCCCCAAGUCCCUUCCCCAAUUUGACAGUAUUUUAAAAUCCUUAAGUGAAAGUAAUGGCCUAGUGCUUCCUGAACACAGCCAGGUGAAACAGGAAUAUUCCGGCUCAAACGGCAAUGGGAGUUUAUCAGAGUCGCGGCCUUUGUCUUCCACGGAGAGUCUGCGGCAGCUCUCGCAGCAGCUGAACGGCUUGGUGUCUGAGUCCUCUGCUUAUGUGAACGGAGAUGUUUCACCGUCUGUCUGUGAACAACACACUGAGAAUCGUAACCAGGAGCUGGCAGCUGCUCUGGAGUCCAGUGACGCCACAAACUCGCAGCUCAAAGCCAAACUGGAGCAGCUGACGGAACAAUCCCAGGAGCUUUCGGAUCGCUUGCUAAAGGAGCGUAAGGAAUUUGAGCAGAAGUUUGCCAAAGAGCAGUCGGGCACUCGGGAGCAGCUACAGGUCCACAUCCAGACCAUUGGUAUCUUGGUCUCAGAGAAGUCGGAGCUGCAGACGGCCCUACAGUACACUCAGCAAGCAGCACGGCAGAAAUCAGUUGAGGCAGAAGAACUGAACAACCGUCUGCAGUCCACGAAGCACCGAGUGUCGGAGUUGGAGAGGACCCUUUCCACCGUUUCCACUCAACAGAAAAUACUAGAAAAGCACAACAAAGAGCUGGAAAAGGAGAGGGACAACCUGAGAUUAGAAGUCUUAAGGUUCAAUAAUGCCAGUGAGGAGUCGAAGCAGCAAGGCUCAGAGAUGUCGGAACAAAUAAAACUCAUUUCUCGUGAAAAUGCAGCCAUGAAACUGGAGCUGGAGGACCUUCACAAGAGGCUGGAGUUGGCUGACCUGAUGCUGCAACAGUGCUCGUCUCAGUCAGAUCCAUCCAGCGCCAAUCAGCAGGUCCAGAUAAUUUUAGAAGAGAAGCAGCAUCUUGAAUCGCUAAACCACCAGCUCAUGGAGUCAAUUUCACAACUCAAGACCGAGAGAGACCGUUACGUGGAGCAAAUCCAAGAGGACGGCCACGUGUGGAAGGACAAGACAGAACAGCUUCUGACCCAAGUGGCCUUAGUGGCCGAGGAGAGAGACCUGAACAUCAGCAGAGUCCAAGAACUGGAGGAGAGCGUUCAUGAGCUGAAGGAGUCUUUAGCUUCAAUCAAACAAGAACAUGAGGCUGUUGGUGCAGAAGGGUCACAGUCCUCUGGGCCCUCGGAGGCAGAAGUCUCUCUGCAGGAGGCUCUGGACCGUGUGCAGCAGCAGAACCAAGCUUUAUCUGCACAGUACCAGGCUCAGCUGCGGGACAACGAGCAGCUGAGUCGAAUGUGUGAGGAGCAGGAGGCCCGGCUGGGGGAGCUGCAGCGGCAGGUGGAGGCACAGACACAGGAGGCCGAGGACCGUCGCCGGAUGCUGGAGGACGUGCAGUCGGACAAGGCCACGAUUAGCCGCGCUCUCACCCAGAACCGGGCCCUCAAAGAGCAGCUGGCCGAGCUGCAGAGCGGCUUCGUCAAACUUACGAACGAGAACAUGGAGCUGACAACCGCCAUCCAGUCGGAGCAACACGUCAAGAAAGAGCUAGCUCGAAGAAUGGGUGAACUGCAGGAGGAGCUGCACAACGUCAAAGAACAGCCUUUUGUCCAGUAG